AGCAGCAGGACCGUCAAAACUCCGCAGUUUAAUCUGACGAAACACUGACACGAGGUUGCGAUUCUGUUUGGAUUUUGAUUGAAAGCAACUGAGAUGUUUGUUAAACUUGUGUCUGUGAACAGUUUGAAAACUUUACUCAAACUUUCUUCACGAAGUUUCAGCUCCUCCUGCGCUGCGGUCAAUUUAAAGGGUCGCAGUUUCCUCACACUGAAGGAUUUCAGCUCAGAUGAAAUCCAGAGACUGUUGUGGGUUUCAGGAGACCUCAAACACCGCAUCAAGCACCAACAGCAGUAUCUUCCUCUCCUGCAAGGAAAGUCGAUUGCAAUGAUAUUUGAGAAGAGGAGCACCCGAACAAGAAUGUCCACAGAGACAGGUUUCUCUUUGCUCGGUGGACACCCCUGUUUCCUCACCUCUCAGGACAUUCACCUGGGAGUGAAUGAGAGCUGCAGUGACACAGCCAGGGUUCUGUCAGGAUUCUGCGACAUUGUCUUGGCUCGAGUGUACAGUCACUCUACGCUGGAGGAGCUGGAUAAAGCGGCUUCCAUCCCCAUCAUCAACGGCCUCUCUGACCUCUACCACCCCAUCCAGAUUCUGGCUGACUUCCUCACUUUACAGGAGCAUUAUGGGUCCCUCCGGGGAUUAACGGUGAGCUGGAUUGGAGACGGCAACAACGUCCUGCACUCGUUCAUGAUGACUGCUGCCAAACUGGGCGUUCACCUCAGGAUCGCUACACCGAAGGGUUACGAGCCGGUGCAGAGUGUCAUUCAGGAAGCACAGAAACUCUCCAAAGAGCAUGGGACCCAGCUCCUUCUGACCUCCGACCCCAUGGAGGCCGCCCACGGCAGCAAUGUUUUGGUCACCGACACCUGGGUCAGCAUGGGACAGGAGGAGGAGAAGAAGAAGAGGCUCAAAGACUUUGAAGGUUACCAGAUCACAAUGAAGACAGGAAGUGUAUGCAAACCAGACUGGACCUUCUUGCACUGCCUGCCCCGUAAAAUGGAGGAGGUGGACGACGAGGUGUUCUACUCCUCGCGCUCCCUCGUCUUCCCCGAGGCUGAGAAUAGGAAAUGGACAAUCAUGGGUCUGGUGGUUUCUCUUCUGACCGACUACACUCCACAGACCCCUAUGCUGAAGUUUUAACCUUUCAUUUAUUUUACCCCCCACACACACACACACACACCAAAGUCCAUAGAGAAAAUCAGGCGUUUUUAACCCUCAGGACAUGGAAGCUGCUUGUCCACUGCUGCCUUGUUUGGUAAGUUUGUGUCACGUAAGUAAAUCCAAACAAGGGAUUUUAGACACCGAAGUAUCAGAAUCACACAUUUGAACUGACUCAUAGUGGCACAGGUGGAUCAACUACUCCUGUGUGCUGUGAGGUGAAAUUUGCUGAUUUUCUCUAUGGACUUUAGUGCAAGUAGUGAGUGAGUGAGUUUACAAAUGGACAAACUUCAGUUUCCUGUUGGAAAUGGCUGUCUAAUGGCGAGAUAAAGCGACAAAUAUGUGGUAAAGAUUCUAGAUUUGAAGUGAAAUGUUGUCAACAACAACAGAAUGCUGUACCCCACACCCCUAUCCUCCCUGACUUUUUUGUGUUUACGAUACAAACGUUUAGUGUUUUCACGUCUUGGCUUUAAAUGUGCUUUUAAGCACAGGUGCUGUAGAUAUCUUAAAAACAAAUGUAUACUAAAACUGUAUAAUAAAACAAAUGUGUCCUCCUUCA